GAGCGACCUCUGGAGAUGCUGCUGCUCGUCCCCGCUCUCUCACGUCACCGGCCAUGGAAGCCAUCGCCACUCGGUACUCUCUCCUCCCCCGCUCCCUCCCCGUCUCCGGCACUCGCAAAGCCGAAAUCGCUGCCGCCGCCGCCGCCAUCCCAUUCCCGCUCCCCUCCGCUCCCGCCUCCUCUUCCCUCCGCGACUUCUCUUUCCCCUCCAAGAAUCCCAAAUCCCCUCGGCUCCCUUGCUCCUCUUCCAAUCUCCAGGAAUCGAAGCCCUCUACAGACCUCGGCCUUCUCCUCGAAGUUGAAGGGGUUCUUGCAGACAUACACCGGUUUGGCAAUCGCCAAUCCUUCAAUGUAGGUGCGGCAUAUGUAAUGAAACUUGGACUCGAUUGUGCUAAUUGGACAGAACCAGUAUAUGCAGACCUGAUGAGGAUUAUUCAAAUCAUUUUUUCCAGGAAGGCUGGUGGCGAUGAAGACAGAAUGCUGGUGUUAUUUUUCAACAGGAUUGGUUGGCCUACCUCUUUGCCUACUUCUGAGAAGGAAUCAUUCAUGAAAAACGUUAUUAGGGAAAAGCGGAAGGCUUUGGAAGAGAUUGUGACCUCAAGCAACUUACCAUUGCGACCUGGAGUUGAGAAUUUCAUUGAUGAUGCACUUAGUGAAGGUGUGCCUGUGAUGAUGCUGAUAGCAUACAGUAGAAAUGGGGACAAAAUAUCUAGGUCUAUCAUUGACAAACUUGGCCAUGACCGAAUAUCAAAAAUAAAAAUAAUUGGAAAAGAGGAAGUGGAAGGAAGUUUUUAUGGACAACUUGUUUUAGGCAAAGGGGUAUCCUCCACUUUGGAUGAGCAACUUGUUAAAGAAGCACAAAAAGCAGUUUCCAUGGAGAAGCAAAGGAUUGCUGAGGAGGUUGCAGCCAUCCUGAAACUAACUGUUGACAUAGAUACUAGCCCAUCUGAAAACUUUGAGAAGAUAGUAGCAACUUUGCGGGCUGGUGCGGAGUAUGCUGGUUUGCCUGCACAAAAUUGUGUGCUCAUUGCUGGCAGCCAAUCCAGCAUUCUUGGGGCUGAGCGUGUAGGGAUGCCCUGUGUAGUUUUACGAAGCAGCCUGACGGCUAGAGCUGAGUUCCGUCAAGCAAAGGCUGUCAUGGACGGAUUCGGUGGAGCUGAUCUAACAAUCUCAAGGCUACGCCACAAGAAAUGGUCCUGAGCGACGGGAAAAUCUGCCAUUGCUCUAUGGAGUUGCUCGUAUCUUUCAUAUCUUGUUGUACAACAUACAUCCCAUUGUAAUAGGAGAGGUUGCAUGGCCUCUAUAAUAGCUUAGUGCAAACAUGCAUCGCUGUUCCUUACUCAAUCUCAGAGGCCAGGAACAAGUGUUAAGGUCUUCUAUUCAGCAAAUUUUCAAAGAAACAUUAUUCACAAAUCACAACAACGUUUGAGAAGAUCAUUUAGUUCCA